AUGGCACCACCAGAUCCAAAUCGCUGGACGUUCACGGACUAUGUGUGCUUUCUGCGAAGCCAUGGAUUUCAUAAUCUUGCUGGCCUCGACGAGUUUCUCCAAUGGGGUUUCGAAGCUAGCCGAAUGCCGACAAUGCAACGACCUCAACGGGCAACUGCCAUCCUCCUCGAAUUUGGCACGUCCAGUUUCAGAACGUCAGACCUUACGGACACUUCGAAACUGAGGGUCUUGUUAAAGGAAUGGACGAGAAGAUCUCCAGAAACGCCACCUACAUCGCCAGCUUCUGGUUCCCAAGGACGCGGCGGCAGCGCUCAAGGGCGAAUCAUCAUGGUGAACAAUAUCAACCCGGAGAUGGUUGACACCCUUGGCAGUCUUCUCAAUAUUGAGCCUGCAUUUUUUGCUUCACAUAUUAGUGACUCUGCGACCGGUGGUGCCGGAGACGGCCAUACAGGGUCUCCACUAGCGUCACAAAAUCUGCGGCACCAGAAGAACUUCUUUACCAUUGAAUAUCCUUGUACAUUCAUGACCACAAAUUGUGGGAAGGAUGUCGACAUUGAGAAGCUUUACUGCAAGGGAAACUAUCACAGACGAGUGGAAGUAUGUUCGAAACAUGGCAAACAGAAAGUUGCUGUGGCCCGUCGAAAGAUUUCGUUUUACAUGAAGAAGACUCUCGACCCGUGGAUAUGUGUGGUGCUCGUUGACCCGCCAAUUUCCUUCUUUACACUUGGAGCAGAACCUUAUGGGGCGUACUCUCCCAGCCAACGACUUGAGGUCACCGGCUACCAAGGAGGAUACCUUGAUUUCCUGGAACAAACGCCACCUUUAAACCGGAACGAUCACGACUAUCGUUCAUGCGGAACUAGGCCAAUGUGUCCCAACCCGUUCGACGAUCUCUGCCGGUACUGGCAAAUUAUGGCUCGAGAGGGCCUUUUCAACCCAGCCGAGAAAACCAUGAUCAACAUAAUGCGCCCGGCAUUUCAAAUCGCAGCCAGCGAGUGCACAAAUUUCUUCGACUACAUUCGCUCCACAUUGGAAAGCCAAAUCAUUUCCACCGCGCUCACAAUCGACCCAACAAAGACAAAGAGGAUCCUCGACAAAGUCAUUUCCCUCGACUCGAUGCUCAGCAGGUACAAGCCCAUUCUGACGCGGAUAAAAACCUACCUCUCAUCCGACUCGGAAUUGAAUGAGGACUACCGCAGUCUGUUGAUCGAUCUACACCACUACAGAGCGGAAUGCGACUCUCAAAUGCAGCACAUCCUCGCGGUCUCGCAAUGCCAAGAUACUUCCUCUCUCCGCUCAAUAGAGGCCGAUUCCCAACGCCAAGCAGACUACUCACGUUACCUGACCAUCAUCGCCCUCAUCUACGCACCCUUUGCACUAGCAUGCGCGAUAUUCACCUUACCGCACGAUUUUGCUCCUGGAGCACAUUAUUUCUACGGGCUUUUGCCCGCGACUGCUGGCGUGGCGAUUGUGUUUUUGUUGCUGGUGUUGCCAGAAGCACGGGAUCCCCUCCCCAGCAUUAAAGCGGCAUUUUGCGGGAAGCUCACCAAGAAGAAACUGCUUGCCAAGCCGAGUAGUCGGGCCUCGAGAUCAGGGGCAAUGAACGAGAAGAUGGAUUUUGAUGAGGUAUAA